AUGGCACGUACCAAGCAAACAGCACGUAAAUCUAUUGGUGGAAAAGCGCCACGAAAACAAUUGGCAACAAAGGCUGCUCGCAAGAGCGCACCUGCUACUGACGGAGUGAAGAAACCACAUCGUUACAGGCCUGGCACCGUCGCUCUUCGUGAGAUCCGUCGUAACCAGAAAUGUACAGAGUUUAUGCUCCUGGUUCAUUCUUUCUUUGAAUUGACUGCCACCAUGUCGGGGUUUGAAACAAUUUCUUUUACAACAGUUUUUCUUUUUCUUUUCGUUUUGAUACUUCUUAAAUUUGUCAUGAGUCGACGUCAGGUAGGAUCACCGCCUGGUCCGUUCGGUCUACCAAUAGUUGGUAGUGUGUUCAGUAUCGGCCAAAAUCCACAAAUAAGUUUUAUGAAAUUGGCAAAGAAGUAUGGUGAUAUAUUUUCAAUCCAAUUAGGGAGUCACAAAAUUGUAGUGCUUAACAACGUGCAAUUGGUUAAGGAGGCUUUGGUGAGAAAGCAGAAUGACUUUGCCGGGAGGCCGUAUGUGUAUUCAACUUAUAUUUUCACACAAGGCCGCAAAGACAUCGUAUUCGGUGAAUACGGACCAACAUGGAAACUACACAGGAAACUGGUACGUGAAGCAAUCAGAGCUUUUGCCAGUGGUGAGGCCCUGGAGAAAUUGGUCACGGAGCAAGUUUUCCCGAGGUUCAAAUCACUAUUGGAAGAAAAUGAAGAUAUACCAAUUGAUGUAAAGCCGAUGCUGAUGCUUCUCAUUUCCAAUAUAAUGGCAUCGCUGUGCUUUGGAUGCAAUUACUCUUUGAAGGAUAAAGAAUUUCUCGAAUGCGUCAAAAUCACGGAUGAAAUGACAGUAGGAAUUGGCAAUGGUUUGUUAGCUGACUUCAUACAUUGGGCUAAAUACCUUCCCACAGCUGGACCCAGAACAGUGGCUGAUAUCACUCGUAGGUUUACUGCACUGUUACGAAGAAAACUUCACGAACACUACAUUACUUACAAUAAAGGUAACAUCCGGGACUUCACAGAUCGCCUGAUCAAAGCCAGAAAUGACGCCAUUGAGGAUAAUACAGAGCACAUCGACUCUUUAACAGAGACGCACAUGGUACAGACAUUGUCUGAUAUGUUUGGUGCUGGUGUGGAUACGUCUUUGAUAUCCCUUAAUUGGUGUCUUGUAUACAUGUUGAACUACCCUGAAAUCCAAGGAAGAGUCGCCAAGGAAAUUGUCGACGUCAUAGGGUAUGAGCGCACACCACGCCUUAGUGACAGGGGGAGUCUUCCCUAUUGCGAGGCUGUCAUAAAUGAAGUUAUGCGAAUACAGACUGUGGCACCCCUGGCAAUUCCACAUCAAGCUUGUGUAGAUUCAUCUAUAGGCGGCUACCGAAUACCUAAAGACACGUUGGUCAUGGUUAAUUUGUGGGCCCUGCAUAAUGACGUCAAAGAGUGGGAUAAUCCGAGAGAGUUUAAUCCUGGUCGCUUCAUUGACACCGAGAGCGGACAAUUUGAACCGAGACCCAGCCAAAGUUACAUGCCUUUCUCCGCGGGCCGACGUAUGUGUAUCGGCGAAUCGUUAGCCAAAGCUCAGAUAUUUUUGUUGUUUGUGUCAUUGUUUCAAAAUUUUGAGUUCACCGCUGCACCGGAACAGGGUGCACCCCGCCUGGACGGGUUUUGUAGUAUAUUUGUUAACCAUCCAUUUCCAUAUAAGGCAUGUGCUAAGAAGAGGUUAAUCAGAUCGGUCUAA